AUGAUCAAAUUAUUUACAGCGAUCAGUACUGCUCGUGAACCUUCCGAAAUGGCUGUCCAAUGUUCUAUUCAAGGAAAUGAAUUGGUUGGCAAAAACCCAAAGAACACCAACAAUAUGUUCGGUCAAACAGAAUCAGGCGAAGAGAGCAUUAUUGAAGAUGAUGACGAUAAUGAUGAACAGGACGACUCAAUAAGUACUAGUGAUGGAAGUUCUGGUAUAAAUACUGACAAUAGUGAAAGCAAUAAAAAUACUGAUGAUUGCAAAGGUCCAAUACCGAAGCAGAACAGAAAAUGUUCAAAUGAAUAA